ACAGUCCAGUCCCGUUCCAACAGACUGCGGUGUCUUACACUCUCCGCCCUGCACAGUGAGCUUCACCCUGAUCUGCGCACAGGCGAUGGGAUCGCGGGCGUGGACCUGUUACCUGCUGCAGCCAUCCCUAUGAUUAGAGAAUCGGUGACGGGGGAAGCGCUCGCUUCAGCGUACGUGAACGGCACUCCGGCAUAUUUGAAUGCAAAGUCAGCCCACAGACUGACAGCUCGGAGCUCGAAAUAUUUUGUCUGUUUGGUGUGUGUGUGUGUGGAGGGGGAAGAGAGAAAAGCCUUUUUGAAUACAGUGGAGCUCCAGACAGCUGGCUGAACGCAGACUCCCUGAGCGCUUUGUCAAUCUGACGCCAAAUUGUGAGGACCUCGAUGGGCCCCUUUACUUGGAUGUAAACCGUACGCCCAUGCGACGAUGUCAGUGGAUGUUGCUGGCUUCACUUUCCAGGUUAGGUUACAGUAAUUGUUUACGUAUUAAAAUUAAGCCAUUUUAAGGCGGAACACGCGAGAGGCACCUGGAUACGCUGCACCAUUUUACACACAGGAUUUUAUUAUUGUUAUUAUUAUGAUCAUUAAUAUUAGUGGGAUACAGAUGUGUCUUGAUAGAGGAAAAAUGGAGACAGUGGAUUUGUUCAUCUCGUCCUCGGAUAGCCUGUAGAGCUGUUAUACCGCAAUGCCUCCAUGCAAACCUUAUGUGACGGUUUCCGUCUCCGCUGAAGAAGUGGCGGACAUUUAAAGCUCACACCUUCCUUACGCCGCUAUAGAUUCGGCGAUCGUGCGCGGUAACAGGGCAACGGGAUAAUGAUAAACGCUGGCAUUUCUUUCCCGUCACCAGUGAGGAAGAAUUUCUUGUCCAAACCGACGCUCGUCACCAUCACCAAUGCAGCCCAGCAGAGGCGAUUAAAUCAGGCCGCUGCACAGAGACGGAGGCGGGUUUGUUAUGCUCAGACUUGGCUGGAUGCUGAACAUGGUGCCACUUUCUCAGCUCUGUAUUGACUACCUGUCGCCCAGCCACCGGCUCAUUUCACUAAUUGCCCAGCUGUCUUAAAAUGGACGAGGCUUUUCUGAUGAAGGCUAUUCAGGGACACUGAACCGGCUCUUGAGUGGCCAUGCGUGUAGGAUUUAGCUUGGACCGGCUUGUCUGGAUGUAGGGCGCAUAUCCGCGGAUAUUCCCAAACACAGAAGAGAAAACAGCCUAUAUUCAUGGAGAUGGCAGGCAGUGGAGGUGCAUCUAUACGGGGCUGGAUGAGAAAUAAUGAGGACCUCUGCGCAGAGGAUUUCACUCAGCUCAUACACCCACAGCAGUUUGCCUAAGAGUCUAUACAAGGAACAUGUCUGGCAACCAUCAGAGGUCAUUCGGGCAAAUAAAUCAAAAUUCUAACAAAAUUAUGAGCUCAGAUUGUAAAUGCUGGAUUUUUACUGGAUGGAUUUAAUUCACAGCUUAUUAGCUGAUCAGACAUCUCUCUGAUUAUGCUCCUUCACAGAUAAAUACGCUCUCCUGAGCCAGCUUCUUCUUCUUCUUUUUUUCACAAGACAGUUUUGAAAACAAUCAGUUUUUUGGGGCAUGGGGUUAGGAUCCAUUCUGUUUGACGUAAUGUACGUUAUCCCUGAAUAAACUUGCCUUUGGGAAUUCAUGUUACUUCCACACUUUGUGCCAACAGCACAGCAGCAGCCGGUGACAGGAUUUAGGAUUUGGCACAGUUUCAGCAGCGAUAUGUGGUGAUGGGGGAGAGCAGUCGCUGCUCUCUGACCCACUGAUUCCCCUCACCCCUCCUCCGGUGGUCGAGGGCAGCUCAUCUCAGUCAAUGGGCCCUGUAUGGAUUUUGUGCCUGAGUUGUUCGAGGGCAGGCCAACAGUGUCAAACAGCAGUCAGGCUGCCAUGAACCCAUACGACAGAGCGAGCAGCACAGCGGCCCCCCUGUCCUGCACCAGCUGUGGGGGCUGUUGCUCACCCCCUCCCCCUUGCCUCAUUCCCCCUGGGCCCCCUUCCUCUACUACCUCUUCCUCUUCCAUGCCCCCAAACAUGACCCCUGCGCCACCAAUGUUUCCUGCCCCAGUCGUGCAGGUGGAGAAUGGUAGCAGCUGGAACUCCUCCACCAUCUCCUCCUCUGGCUCCCCAGACUCCCACUCUGGUCAUCGAGGUGGGGCAAACAACCCUUACUGGACGGCGGUGUUUGACUAUGAGGCCACAGCUGAUGAAGAGUUAACCCUGCGGCGUGGGGACCUUCUUGAGGUUCUCUCCAAGGACUCUAAGGUGUCUGGAGAUGAGGGCUGGUGGACGGGCAAAAUCCAGGACAAGGUGGGUAUCUUUCCAAGCAACUAUGUCACAAGGGGAGACACUCCCAAUUACCAGCAGCUGACUUCAGGAGGACUGGUGGCAGGUGGGGUGGGUGAUUGUCCGUUGGAGAUUGACUUUUCAGAACUGCUCCUGGAGGAGGUGAUAGGAGCUGGUGGAUUUGGAAAAGUGUACAAAGGAGUGUGGCGGGGAGAGGAAGUAGCCGUUAAGGCUGCCAGGCAGGACCCAGAUGAGGAUAUCAGUGUCACAGCAGAGAGCGUGCGGCAGGAGGCCAGGCUGUUCUGGAUGCUCCGGCACGCCAACAUUAUCGCGCUCCGUGGAGUCUGCCUGAAGGAGCCCAACUUGUGCUUGGUGAUGGAGUAUGCUCGAGGGGGGGCUCUAAACCGAGCCUUGGCUGGGAAGAAGGUCCCCCCGAGAGUUUUGGUGAACUGGGCCGUCCAGAUUGCAACGGGGAUGGACUAUCUGCACAACCAGGCGUUCGUACCCAUCAUCCACAGAGACCUCAAGUCGAGUAAUAUCCUCAUUCUGCAGCCGGUGGAGCGGGAUGACCUGAAUGGCAAAACCCUGAAGAUCACAGACUUUGGUCUGGCCAGAGAGUGGCACCAGACCACCAAGAUGAGUGCAGCAGGGACCUACGCCUGGAUGGCCCCGGAGGUCAUCAAGCACUCCCUCUUCUCCAAGAGCAGCGACGUGUGGAGUUUUGGUGUGUUGCUCUGGGAGUUGCUCACUGGCGAGGUUCCUUACCGGGAGAUAGAUGCACUGGCGGUAGCUUACGGAGUCGCAAUGAACAAGCUGACGCUUCCCGUCCCUUCAACCUGCCCUGAACCUUUUGCUCAACUACUGGGAGAGUGCUGGAGCCCGAACCCUCACGGCAGGCCGUCGUUCACCAGCAUCCUGAGGCGGCUGCUGGCCAUCGAGCAGUCGGCCAUGUUUCAGAUGCCUCUGGAGUCCUUUCACUCCUUACAAGAAGACUGGAGGCUGGAGAUCCAGCAGAUGUUCGACGAGCUCAGGGCCAAAGAGAAGGAGCUGAGAUCAUGGGAGGAGGCGCUGGCCCGAGCAGCCGAGGAGCAGAAGGAGCAGGAGGAACAGCUGAGGAAGAGGGAGCAGGAGCUGGCAGAGAGGGAGAUCGACAUUGUUGAGCGAGAGCUGAACAUCAUCAUCCACCAGAUGUACCAGGAAAAGCCCAGCGUCAAGAAGAGGAAGGGCCACUUCAAGAAGAGCCGAUUACUGAAGCUGGGCAGAGACAGCAACUGUAUCAGUCUGCCCUCUGGCUUCGAGCAUAAGAUCACGGUGCAGGCAUCGCCCAGCGUGGACAAGAGGAAGACCCAGGGGAGCGAGAGCACGACCCCGCCUGCCAGCCCUGGGGUCAUACCCCGGCUGAGAGCUAUCAGAUUGACGCCGAGUGAUGGCAGUAAGACGUGGGGUCGCAGCGCUGUGUGUAAAAAGGAAGACCUGACGACCAAUAAGAAGAAAGGACGCACCUGGGGCCCAAGCUCCACCCAUCAGAAAGAGAGAGUGGGCGGCGAGGAAAAGUUGAAGUCUCUCGCAGAGGGAAGCAAAGUUUGGUCAUCCAGCGCGCCAAAUCUGGGCAAGUCUCCCAAACAUGCCCCGAUGACUGCUGGCUUCUCCAGCCUGAAUGAAAUGGAGGAAUGCAGUGAGUUUGAGGAAUCGCCAGGCUCCUUGCUGCCCUCGGAGUCGAGCAGUAACGGGGCCAUGGAGGACUCGGGUUCCCUGUGGAGCAGCCUGGGGCCCAACAUGGUGCCCGCUGUUGGGAAUAUGGGCUCCUGUCAGGCGGUUGGAGGCUUGGGAACGGGCGUGAGCUACCAGGACUCCCUUCGUCGCUGCAGUCAGAGGAAGAAGAGCGAUAUAUUCCUGCUGGGUUGCGCCUCUCUGCUCGCCUCGGUGGGUCUCGGACAAGACUUGCUACAGCUGGGAAAACAGCAGGUGCUUCAGGAUGAGCAGGACCUCCGAGAGGAGCAGCGUAAGAAGAAGGAUGGUCUCUUCCAGCGGACGGGACGUUUCCGUCGCAGCACCUCUCCACCCAGCCGAAACCUCUCUCUGUCUCUCUCCAGACACCACGACUCCACGCUUCCCUGCUUGGACCCUUCUCCCUCUGUAACACUGCUCUCUUUGUCCUCUCUGUCGGACUGCAACUCCACCAAGUCCCUCCUCCCCUCUGACCCAGACGAUUAUCCCCUCACCCCGAUGGCUGGGGUCAGAACACCGGCGGCGCCCCCAGCGCCUGCCCUCAACCCACUGUUGGACCUGCGGGCCGAGAGCUUCAAGAAGGAGCCCAACCAGUCGCUCACGCCCACCCAUGUAUCGGCAGCCAUGGCCAUGAACCGAGGACACAGACGCACCCCUUCAGAUGGGGCGAUACGACCCAGAGCCCAAACUCUGGGACACCACAGGACGCCGUCAGAUGGGAGCAUGCCCAUGCCUCCUCCACCGCACAUCACAACAAACAAAGGUAUGCAGGACAAGCUGGAUAUCCCCCGGCUACCUGAACCUGCCAUUAUCUACCCUCACCGGCGUAAAGCUCCCGCUCCACCCAUCCCCGACCCGGAUCCUCACAGCCUCAUCAGCCCCCUGGAGAGGCCCAAGACGCUGGAGUUUGCCCCCCGACCGAGGCCAACGCCAUCCCGGGUAAGACCUGAUCCCUGGAAGCUGGGCUCUCUCUCCCGGACCCUGAGCUCAUCGCCGGGCAGCAGCUGCGACAGCCCCCUCGGUUCAGGGGACAGCAGCGCUAGUGCGGCGCGACCCAACCUGAUGGACAUGGACAUGGAGGGCCAGAAUCUGGACCACACUGUUCCUCUGUGCGGGCAGCUACAGCCUGCCACCCUAUGUGGGCAGCAGUACUCGUAGUAAAAAUCAAAGAAUAAACAAACAUUUUAAGGUUUUUUUUUUCUUUUGCAUUCAGACCUGUUCCAGGACAUGACAGCUUGGGCCGAACAAGGAACGCCUACUGAUGUCUGAGCCGAGCAAAGUGCACUCUCACCGAAGUUUGCAAAAACAUCCCACUUCUUCUCUUGUUGUUUUAAGGACCCUCAUGCAACUCACCUCACUUGUGUGCCCUAAUAAGGUGUUAAACCCUCACAGAAAGCCAUUCGUUGAUAGUGCUCACUAACCUGCACGACACUGAGGGUCCAAGAGGCCUUUUUAACAGCCUUGUAGUGCGCCCAGUCCCACUUUACCUUUCUUUUCCUGCCCAGAAAGGCCAUCUCUACCUGCUUCCUGGUGCCCUACGACCAGGCUACAUUUCUUUAAAAGCCAUUCGAGUACUCAAACAGCCGUUCUGUGACUUCACUAACUGCUCAUUUCAAUCCAUCUGCUUGUGCUUUUGCCUGUCUGCAUAGCUUUCCACUUUCUGCUUGCAUGUUUCUUCCCUGAAGGCGGAGCAUUUUCAUUAUUUAAAAAAAAAGAGGCGCUGAUAUUGUGAAAAUCUUGUGUCCUUGUUCCUUUUUUGCACACUGUUUGUCAUGCCAGUGCACAAACAAGCCCUAUAAAAUCAGCUCCACCUUCUUCAUCCUCACACGUGUCAUCUGUCGUCCUCUUCUCUCCCAGACUCGAGACAGGAAAAAGCCUUUUUCUCACUGGUGGUGUAUAUCCUCAGCCUUGUAAGGUAAAAAUUAAAAAAAUAAAUAAAUCAGAGUUUAUUUUCUCAGUGCUUGCACCAUCCCUGCUGCAGCCUGUUAGCAAAAAUGUUUUUCUAUUGGUCCAGCAGCCCCGGUGUGCGUCUCUGUGUGUGAAUGUGUACAUAUACAUAUAUGUAUAUGUAUUUAUUACUUUACACGUGUGGAUUAAGGAGAUACGCCUGUUUCUGUGUGCUGGUGCUUUUUCAGUGCAUGUCAUUUCACAUGUGAACGGUUUUUCACUUCUUUAAAAUGAGACCACUGGUUGCCACACAUCUGUUCCUCUCCUCCGUCUUUUUAAAUAACUUUUUAUGGAGACAUUCCUUACAUACCGACGGUCUGGUCCCAUCCUGCUCACGCCAUUGAAACGGACACAAAGUAGAAAGCGCUGACAGAAGCCCGCCACUCGAUUCCAAACUUCACCUUCUCUCCUUUUCAUCUGCUGUGUUCGAUGUCACCUGCACUUUAAGUUGGGCAACUGGUGGACCAGCUCGGCACAAAGUGCUCCCGUCAUGGCUGACAAAUCAACUUUUAUCUCCGGAGUAGUUUUUGAACAGAGGACGGUUCAUCCUGGCUACAGAUGUUAUUACUUGACUGUGCAGAUUUCUUUGUGUGUGUGUGUGUGAGUACGUGUGUGUGCGCGCGCGCAUGUUUAUUAUUUGUAUGGGAUGAUGACAAUCCCACUGGUUGAAGGGUGAGCCCAAACUCAUUCCCGUUGUGUGGUUAAGAACACUGAGUAUUUAUUAAAUGUAUUGUUAUUAUGGAAAAGGGUUAAUUAUGAUUGCGAUGCUCUUCCUGGGAUAUCUGUAUAUAUUUGUUUAGUAUAAAAUGAAAAACCAAGGAAAACCUGGGAAGCUGAAACAUCCAUGUUGUCUUCGGUCUCAACCUGUGACGUUUCUACGGUUCAAUGAUGAGUAAAUGUGAAACGAAUGAGAGACAAUGAAAUAAAAACAAACAAAAGAUGCUUCAGUG